AUGGGCUCAGAGAUGAACAACUCUGGCGACAGAUCUAAUUAUAAGGCUCUUAAAGAUUCGGGUGUACAACUCCAGACUCACACUUUUGGAAACUACCUCUUCCAGCCGCAUGCUGCCUUCCCAUCGGUCAAGGCUGCCGCAUCUUAUGGGAAGGGCGACUCCAAGACGAAGUGGGACUAUGUCUUCGUGACGACUAAGGCGCUCCCAGACCGCUCAGAUGAUUCUGCCAUGAUCGCGCCUCUCGUAGGGGAAAAUACGAGCAUUGUACUCGUACAGAAUGGCGUCGGCGUCGAGGAGCCAUUUCGUCAGCGGUUCCCCAACAACCCUAUCGUGAGCGCCGUGACGAUCGUCAGCGCCGAGCAGACCUCGCCGGGUGUAAUCCGUCAGAACCGAUGGACGAGGAUCAGUAUCGGGCCGCAUACGAACGGGCUCGGCACAGGCGACCCCGAGCUCGGCCAGCGCGGUACCAAAGCAGUCGAGCAGCUCGGCAUUUGGUGGGGUCCCGGCUGGGGCGGUAUCCGCGACGUGGAGCCUCACGACGAGAUCGGGCUGCAGACGGUGAGAUGGCACAAGCUCUGUAUCAACGCCGCAUUUAAUCCUAGUGCCGUUCUGAGUGGUGGGAGGGGCAAUGCGGACAUGGUUACGGAUCCGGAGCUUCGGGAGCACGUGGUGGGCAUCAUGAACGAGAUCAGAGCAGCGGUGCCUAAGAUCCUGGGACGAGAGUUUCCCGACGACCUCGCAAAACCUGAUCGCAUUGUUAAGAGCACGGAGCGUAACACGGGUGCAAGGCCUAGCAUGUUAUUGGACUGGGAGGCCGGACGCCCGCUGGAGCUAGAAGUGAUUCUAGGCAAUCCGGUCAGAAUCGCUAGAGCUCACGGCGUGGAGAUGCCACGUUUACAGACACUAUAUGCCUUGUUGAGUAGUGCACAGAAGACUCGAGAAGAGAGGGCAUCUAAGGGGAAGUUGUAG